ACGCGUCCGUCGCUCAUAUCGCUCAGCGUUUACUCAUCGAAUUUUCAUCGAUUUUGACCAUAUAAAAAUUGCUCAAUUCAAUUAUUUGGCUCAGUCUGUUUCUGUCAUUUAAAGUGAGUGGAUGCUAUUUUUUCUAAGUAAAAGCGAAUAAUUAUGAAGUUUGUUGGAUUGAUCUUUGUUGCUAUAAUUGCAACAUCACAUGCUGUUUCCUUUUUUGAUUUGGCCCUCGAGGAGUGGAAGGCUUUCAAGGCGGAACAUAGCAAAAACUAUAGGGAUGUGCACGAGGACAAAAUGCGUUUUGAGAUUUUUAAAGACAACAAGCACAAAAUUGCGCGUCACAACCAGAGAUAUGAAGAAGGAAAGGUCACAUACAAACUUGGGUUGAAUAAAUACGCAGAUUUGCUGCAUCAUGAGUUCGUUGGGAAGAUGAAUGGCUUUAACAAGACGGCAUUCAACAACAGAAUUACUGAACAUCGAAUCGAAACAGGAGCUACAUUCAUUGAGCCAGCUAAUGUAGAAGUACCUGAGACAGUGGAUUGGCGAAAGAAGGGAGCUGUGACUGCUAUUAAGGAUCAAGGACACUGUGGUUCAUGUUGGGCGUUUUCGUCCACUGGAGCUCUUGAAGGUCAACACUUCCGAAAGUCCGGAGUGCUAGUCUCUUUGUCAGAGCAAAAUCUUAUUGAUUGUUCGGGAUCUUAUGGAAAUAAUGGGUGUAAUGGGGGUCUCAUGGAUUAUGCAUUCCAGUAUAUCAAAGACAAUGGUGGUAUUGACACAGAAAAAACCUAUGCUUAUGAAGGAAUAGAUGAUACUUGCCGGUAUAAUCCAAAGAAUCGUGGUGCUACGGAUAAAGGAUUUGUGGACAUUCCCACGGGAAAUGAGGAAAAGUUAAAGAAAGCUGUUGCUACUAUUGGCCCAGUAUCUGUGGCUAUUGAUGCCAGUCAUGAAUCCUUCCAAUUGUAUUCCAGUGGGGUUUACAACGAGCCUGAAUGCGAUAGUCAGCAACUCGACCAUGGAGUUCUUGUUGUUGGUUAUGGCACUGAUGAGGAUGGGCAGGAUUACUGGCUAGUUAAGAAUUCCUGGGGUUCAACUUGGGGCGAUAAUGGAUACGUAAAGAUGGCUAGGAAUGAAGAAAAUCAAUGUGGAAUUGCGACAGCUGCAUCCUAUCCACUCGUUUAAGGGUCAGUAUAUGUCCUCCAUAAGAUACAAUAAUUUAACCACUUCUUCAAUAAUUCAUAAAGUGAGUGAACAAUAUAAUGUCGUGUGUUUGUAAUAGAAAUCAAAAAUAUUUUGUUUUUAUACAUUAAAAAAAAUAAACGAGAGAAAAAUA